CCCCCCCCCCCCGCCCGGCGGGUGAGCGCUCGAGGAAGCAGAGGGAAAAUUCCCAGAACCUGACUGCUAGAGUGAAGAAAGUAUCUUUUCCAUUUGCUGAUCCUCCAAUGCUUUGAAGAAUGCGAGAGCUAAAGGCUCAAGUAACAAGCGGUCUGCUGCAGUUUCCAGAGGUGACUGUUCAGGCACUUGGGGAAGAUGAAGUAACACUGGAUUCUGUGCUGUGUGGAAAGUUCUCUGGAGGGAGAAAUGGGCUGGCGUGGUUGGCGUGUGGUCCUCAGCUUGAGGUGGUGAGCUCUGUGACAGGAGAGCGGCUCUCUGCGUACCGCUUCAGUGGGGUAAACGAGCAGCAUCCCACCAUUCGUGUGGUGAAGGAGUUUUCCUGGCAGAAGAGAAAUGGAUUGCUGAUUGGGCUGGAAGAAACAGAGGGAAGUGUUCUCUGUCUAUAUGACCUUGGAAUAUCAAGAGUCGUUAAAGCAGUUGUUCUUCCAGGAAGGGUAACUGCCAUAGAACCCAUAACCAGUCAUGGAGGAGCCAGUAUGAGCACUCGGCACCUACAUCAAAGUCUGCGAUGGCUCUUUGGAGUGGCAGCAGUAGCUACAGAUGUUGGUCAUCUCCUUCUGGUUGACCUUUGUUUGGAUGAUUUAUCUUGCUGUCAGAAUGAAGCAGAGUCAUCAGAUCUGGAAGUUCUCACUAGAAUUCCUGCUGAAGUUCCUCAAAGAAGAGAAACUGCAUCCAGAGAAGGGAGACAUCUGUGUUUUCAAUUACAAAAUCCUUCAGGAACAGCAAUAUCAACCCUGUGCUACAUAAGCAGAAGCAACCAGCUCGUUGUGGGUUUUUCAGAUGGCUACCUGUCACUAUGGAAUAUGAAAACUUUGAAGAGGGAGCACCACUCUCAGCUAGAAGGAGGAAGGAUUCCAGUCUAUGCUGUGACUUUUCAAGAGCCUGAGAAUGAUCCUCGCAAUUGUUGCUACCUGUGGGCUGUUCAGUCUACGCAAGAAAGUGAAGGUGAUGUUGUGAGUUUACAUCUGUUGCAGUUAGCCUUUGGUGACAGAAAACGCUUGGUAUCAGGACAAGUCCUGUAUGAGGGUUUGGAGUACUGUGACGAAAGGUACAGUUUAGAUCUCACGAGUGGAGUCUUUUCCUUGAGAGGGCAAACCACCAAUACCAAAUUACUCAGCUGUCAGACUGUAGAGAAAUUUCGCAACCAUCUUGACAGAGAAGAUAGCAUUAAUGAAGUAGUAUCUCCUGACACCAGUGUAUCAAUCUUCAGCUGGCAAGUGCAUACAUAUGGUCAGGGAAAACCAUCUACUUAUCUGGGUGUAUUUGACAUUAAUCGCUGGUAUCAUGCUCAAAUGCCAGAUUCACUAAGGCCAGAAGAACUCCUCCAUGAUUGCUCCUAUUUCGCAUUAUGGUCACUGGAUACUGUAAUAAGUGUGACUUCUCCAAACCUCAUUUUGGACAUUUUGGUACAUGAGCGGAGUCUGAGUCGGGGAGUUCCUCCUACUUAUCCACCACCUGAGCAGUUUUUUAAUCCAAGUACCUAUAAUUUUGCUGGUACGUGCUUGCUGAACUCUGGAGUUGUUCAUAUGACUUUCACCGGCUUUCAGAAAGAGACCUUGAAUUUCUUGAAGAAAUCUGGUCCUUCAAUACCUGAAGCCAUUCAUGAUAGCUACAAUAGGUGUCUGUUAGCUGGCUUAUUGUCUCCAAGGCAAGUUGAUGUCCCACCAUCCAGUCUGAGUCAGGAGGAGCAGUUAGAAGCAAUAUUGUCAGCUGCUGUCCGGACAAGUUCUUUAGAACUUCUGACUGGAUUCAUUAAACAUUGGACAUCUGAAGAGCAGCCAAGUUCUGCUGCUAAUUUACGGUUUGUUCUUGAGUGGACGUGGAACAAAGUGAUCACUACUAAAGAUGAGUUUGACCAGAUAUGUGUUCCACUGUUUGAUGGCUCUUGCAACUUCAUUGACCCACAGACACUACAGUCUCUGCAGAACUGCCAGUUGCUUUUGAGCAACCUUGGCACAGUCUUAAACUGUUUUCUAACAGAAGCACACGAGCUUACUGAAAGAGGUUUUGCAGACUUGAAAAACAAGCAGAUGAUAACUGGCCUCAUUUCUUUGUAUGCACAAGUGGUCCUCUGGUUCUGUCGCUCUGGUCUCCUUCCAGAGGGUUUAGAUGACAAUAUGCAUUUGUCUAGACCUUUCUACAACUAUCCUCUGAUUCAGAGCUACUAUACCAGUCAUCGACAGAAGCUUGAAUGUUUAUCAAGAGGAAAAUGGGAUUCUGACUGCUUGAUGAUUGAUGGAAUGAUUUCCCAGUUAGGAGACCAAGUCGAAAAGUUGUGGCAGAGAGAGGAAGGGGGAACUGGGAAAUAUCCACCUGCUAGUUUACAUGCACUGCUGGAUCUCUACUUGCUAGAAGGAGUCGAAGAAAGCUACAAACAUGCAAUUACAAUUUACUUGCUGCUAGAUAUCAUGCAUUCCAUUCCAAACAAAACAGAAACUUCAAUCGACUCCUUCCCAACAGCCUUUGCUAUCCCUUGGGGUCUUGUUAAGCUUAUCCAAGGUUUUUGGCUUCUAGAUCACAAUGAUUAUGAAAAUUCCCUGGCCCUGCUCUUUCAUCCAGCUACAAUCAAAACUGUGUCAUGGCAACACAUGAGAAUUAUUCAGUCUCUCAUGUGCCAAGGAGAGCACAGACGAGCCCUCAGAUACCUGCAGAUGAUGAAGCCAUCGAUAGCGAGCAGCAGCGAAGUGCGGCUUUUCCUCACCGUGUUGUUGUCCAACAGGUGCAUGGUGGAGGCUUGGGGUCUGGUACAACAACAUACCACUAAGUUAAAUGUAGAAGAGCUGUUAAAACACAUGUAUGAAAUCUGUCAGGAGAUGGGACUAAUGCAAGACUUACUGAAGCUACCUUUCACUGCCACUGAACAAGAGAGUUUGGAGAGGUUUUUGCAGACCAACUCUGGGGUUCAGAAUAAUGAAUUUCUUUUGGUCCACCAUCUUCAGCAUUCCAACUAUAUCCCAGCAAUACAGUUGAAUCAGUCAAUGAAAGCUGAUCUUACAAAUGAUUGUGAUCCUCGCUUGAGAGAGAGAGCAGAUGCCAGAAAUUCUAUAUUAGACCACUAUGGCAAGAUCCUGCCUAGAAUUCAAAGGAAGCUGGCUGUUGAGAGAGCCAAGCCUUAUCGUUUGCCUUCAUCAGUCUUAAGAGAAGUCACAAGACCAAAGCCAUUAUCAACAGUAACAAAGCAAGCUAAUGCAGGAAAUGUGCGUACCAGAGCAACUUUCAUCAGUAAUGUGUUGUCCAAAAUUGGAGAAGUGUGGGUAGGAAAUGAGCAGAAAACCAGUUUCUCACAAUAUGAUAGCCCUAGAGCUACAGAGCUACAAGUCAGAAGGCAUCCUCUCCCUGAUGCAGAGUUGCGUGAUGCAUUUGUUGGGACACCACUCAAAAACUUUUCACGAAAAUGUUCCAGAUUGCUGGAUUUGGUGGUUCGUCCUGUUCCUUCCUGUUCUGCAGCACAGGGUGCUGACUGGCAGUCUCCGUACAGAGCUUCUACUUCAUUCAUGGCAUCCAGCCCACUGAGAUCACAUAUGCAUGGUUCCGUCUCACAAAAGAACUUUUCAGGAGCAUCAGAGCUGCAUUUACUAGAAACUCCUCUUGUGGUUAAGAGAGCUAAAGUUUUGGCCACAUCUUCUGGUUUUCCUGGGUUUACUCCUCAGUCUAUUCUCAGAUCCAGUCUUCGCACCACACCCCUAGCAACUCCUUCUGCAUCUCCAGGACGAUCAGUUACUCCUCCUCUACGAGCAAAGGAACCUAGAAUAUCUUUCAGGGAAGAGAGCUCACAUGCAAAAUGGACUGCUGGGGUAAGAGGAGAUAUUAAAGUAUUGGCUGGAGCUUCAUCUGAGCAUCACCAUGGAGUGGCGGAGAAUGCUUGGUUUGAAAGUGGAGAUAAAACAACUCUGCUUACUCUGAGCAAUCCUGAGGAUGAUCAUGCUGAAAUGGAAGAGUCUGCAGAAAAUGUACCUGGAGAUGGUUUGGACAAUGUGGAUUUCAGCCAAGAAAACAGUAACUUCUCUGUCAGGUCAGACCAAACUACUUUGGAGUACCAUGACGCAAGAUCACCUGGCGAUUUUGAAGAUGAUGUCAUCUUUGUAGCUGCUAAAAUAGCUAAAUCUUCAACUGAAGAAACUGCUGAUUUACAAGAAUCAGAAAAGGAGGAAGACCAUGAAAUGGCUGAAGAUAAGCCUUUCCAGUUGAAACAACCAGUUUCCUCAGAACCAGGAGGACAAGCUGGAUUUGUGGAAGAACCAAAUGCAGAUUUUCUUGCCUUUCCUGGGGAUGGUAAAUUGGUGUUUAAAACUGCUGAACCUGCUCCUUUUGGGACUGCAAGUGAAGGUGAAACAAACCACGAGGAGUCCAAAACAUCCUAUUCAUCCAAAGAAAAAGCCAUACCAGUCUCAGCAAAUCCACAGCUUUCUGAAUCCCUGGAAGCAGACAGUGAAUCUGUGAUAAAUCUUCUUGACAAUGAAGAUGUGGUUAGUACUCAUUCAGAAAACCACCUUGAAGAGAAGUGUGUGGAUUUACCUGAAGAACAUAACCUAGAAGUAGCUGAAGUUGAAGAAAAGGUUGCUUUUCCACAGGAAGAAAUAACUGUUUCUAACAGUGUUCCUAAAACUGAAGAAAGUAAUGUAAUUGAAGAUAUUGUGAAGGCACAAACCUCAGAAGCACCGUGUGGAUCCUCACCAUAUAGUGAACUACAUCCAUCAGGCGAUUUUCAGUACAGCUAUGAUACUAUAGAGCAAAAGUUUGCAUCUGAUUUGCCUGAUAAUAAGGAUGGUGAAUGUGAUGCAGCUGAGGGAGAUGGAGAGCUUUUUAUUCCUCAGAGUAAUUUUACUCUAGUCUUGGAAGGAGAAGAAGGUGAAGUGGAGAUGGAAGACCCUGCAGGAAUAGAUGCUUCUAAACCAACUGGCACAACAACAGAGGAAAAGCCUGUGAAUAAUUUAGGAAAUACUGAAAACCAAGAACAUGUUACAAACUCAGUGUGCACUGUAACUAAUGAUCAAGAAUCUCAAAAUACUGCAGAAUCACUCCCAUAUGUGCCUGAACCUAUCAAGGUAGCUAUUGCAGAGAACUUACUGGAUGUAAUCAAAGACACAAGAAGUAAAGAAUUUACAUCUGAAGUUGUAGAACAAUCUAUUCAUGAAACCAUAGGUAAAAAGGUAACCAGAUACCAGAAGGCAAAAGCUUCCUUAAUGACUGUACCAGAAGGAGUGGAAGAUGAAACCAGUAGACAUGAAAUAGACCUUGUGCUCACUCCUAGAACACGCACAAGGAGACAGUUGAGUAGGAGUAUUCCAUUGGCAGAUGAUGAGCAUCUACUGAAGAAAGACAAGCCAGUUCUGUUUGGACUGUCUCCUAGGAGAAGUACCAGGAGAACAAAAGAGGCAUCUGAGACUUCUAGACUUCAAACAGAUGAAAAUGCUCAAGGUGAGAAAAUACCUGUGAUGCCUGUUACUCCAAGAAGGGGUAGAAAGCCUAAAUCAACUAAUUUAGAAAAAAUAGAAAGCAGCCAUUCUGAUGGACAAACGCUGUCCAUCAGUGUGCAGUCUGUAGCUGUUACUCCAAGAAGAGGAUUGAGAAGAAUAAGGGAAGCUGCAUCUGAACUCUUGGAAGAGGCUAAAGAGGAUGCUUCUUUUGCUGAAGGUAGCAUUAUUGCUUCUGUUACUUCCAGAAGGACUAGAGGAGGAAAAGGUUCAGCAGGAGAUCAAGAAACUGGCCAAACUGACACUGAUCAUAAGAUAAAACCAGCAGUUAGUCCCAGCAGAAGUACAAGAAAAGCAAAAACUCUUAAUUUACAAUUGACUGAAAAUGUUGUCAAGGAUCAAGAGGUGCUGCCUGGUGACCAUGUCCUUUUAUCUGUGCCAACUAAAAGAGGCAGAAGAAGAAAGAUCAGUUCAUCUGAAGUCUCAGAAAAUUCUGACCUUGAUCUGUCUAAAUCAUCACUUCCUCAAACAGAAUUUAAAACUCCUGUCACUCCUAGAAGAAGUGCUAGGAAGAGGGCACAGAAUCCCUUGGCCAGCACAGAAUCCCUCAGUACUCAGGAAGACACACAUGCAGGUGGGAAAGUGGAAAUCCUUGAUACUCCUAGAAGAACGAGAAGAGCUGCACAUGCUAAACCAGAAGAACUGGAUACUCAUGAGCCAGCACCUGCACAGCUAAAUGAAGAACCAAAAGAACCAAGUACACCCAGGACUGCAGUGAGGACAGGGACAGGGCGUCGGGGCAGGAAGAAACGCUUGGUGCUGGAAGAUGGCACAGGACAGGAGGCCUUCCCUGAAGCACCUGUUGGGAGUCCUUUGCUGCUUGAAGACACAAACUCAUCAGGCCACGGGAAAACCCCGAGAACAGAGCGAGUUACAAGAACCAGAGCCCGCCAAGCUGCCAUGCAUCAGAAACUGACUGCUGAGCAAAAUGAGGCUUUCAUCAUCUCUUCUCCUCUCACAAAGCUGAAUAUUGAGGAACACGAGACCUUCGUUUUCUCUCCUCCCCUCAUAAAGCUGUCGAAAUUGGAAGAUGGAAAAGAAGACAUUCCUGUGCAGCUUCAGGAUAUAGAGACGGAUUUGACUUCUCAAUUUGUCUUCUCUCCCCCUCUUUUGAGAUCAAGGACAAAAGAUGUACCUAGCAUUUCCCAGAUUGUGAAAGAAUCAGAGCUUCCAGCUAAAGAAGAGGAUGCCAAAUCCAUAGAGUCUGUGGGAAAGCAAAAAUUGAAGAGAGGCAGAAGUGCAAAAUCCAAAAUGAAGAAAGCAAGCAAAACCACGAGAAAAGAAGGUUCUUGGUCACCUCCACCAGUUGAAAUAAAAUUCAUCUCUCCUUUUGGAAGUCCAGUGGAUGGAACAAAGAACAAACAGAAAGAAACCAUGGAAGUGGUAGAGAAGACUCUACGAAAGAACAAAAAAAGACUGUCUAAUUUUCCAAAGCCAGUUGUGCGCCGGAAGAUACUGUAACUGUUUUUAAGUUUAUAAUGUACACCGUUGUUUGUAAAGUCAUCAAAAUUGUGUGGAUUAGUUAAAAAAAAAAUCACCUAAUUUGGAAGAGGUAAUUUAUAUAAAUUAUUGUAAAAUUUCAUAAAAAAAUAGUCUUCAGUAAGUAACUCCAUAUGGAGUGCAAUUUCCUCAGUCAAUGCAGUUUUCUAUUUUAUAUUAAGACUUCAUACAUUUAUAUAAUAUGUAAAUACAGCUUAUUUUAGGAUUGUUAAAUAAAAAUGUAUACUUCACAAUA